AUGCCUGGGACUUGGCUGCUGCUUCUCCUGGCCCUCGGGUGUCCAGCACUGCCCACAGGUGUGGGCAGCACACCCUUCCCCUCUCUGGCCCCACCAAUCACACUGCUGGUGGAUGGGAAGCAGCAGACUCUUGUGGUUUGCCUGGUCCUCGACGUUGCACCCCCUGGCCUUGAGAGUCCCAUCUGGUUCUCAGCUGGGAAUGGCAGCUCACUGGAUGCCUUCACCUAUGGCCCUUCCCCAGCAGCUGAUGGCACCUGGACUAGCUUGGCUCAGCUUUCCCUGCCGUCUGAGGACCUGGCAGCCUGGGAGACCUUGGUUUGCCACACUGGACCUGGGACUGGGGACCACAGCCAGAGCACACAGCCUCUACAGCUGUCAGGAGAGACUUCCUCAGCCAGCACCUGCCUCUGGGAGCCUCUCAGGGGGACCCGGGGCCAGGCGCUGCGGCUCGGGGCGCUGCGGCUGCUGCUCUUCAAGCUGCUGCUGUUGGAUGUGCUUCUGACCUGCAGCCGCUUCCGCGCCCCGCCCGCCGCGCGAGGGGACCCGGCCCGGGCGCCUCGCCCUGGGGACCCCGGGCUCCCCGCGGCCCCGCGGGCGGACCACCUUCUCCUCCCGCGGCCUCCGCCACCGGAAGGAUCGCCCGCAGACCCCACCGACUGGAUUCGCCGCAAUGAUGGGUGGACCACAGGCCGAGGGCUCAGCCUGUCCACCCCGCCAGCGCUGCAGGCCCGGAACGGCCGCUGGGUUCACACCCGCCCUCCGGGUCGGGAUCCCAGGGGCCCUGUCUGGGAGGAGGGGCCGCUGGUGCUCAGGGCGUGGCGCUCGGGACCCGCCCUCAGUAUUCCUGCCUCUAGCCUUAGAGCGUUUCUCUGCGAUCUGCCUCCUCCAGCUGACCCGAGCUUCCCCGGGGGCUAG